CAUUAAAUUUACGACAUUUACGAUAAUUCAAACUAUGUCAUCGCCAGCAGUUAAUGAUGGAGAAAUUCAGCAUUCUCAAGAAAGUGCUAUUGUUAAUGCUGACACACCAAAUACAACUCCUCCUGCACCAGAUACUGUUUCAGAGAGUCCACUGCAUAUAGAAGAUGAAGAAGAAGAUGAAGAACAACCAGAUACAGUUAUGGAAGGAAAUGAACAAGAACAUGAAAUAGAAGCAGAUGCUGAAGAUGAAGAACAUGAACAGUCUAUGACAUUACCAUUAGCUAAAAUUAAAAGAAUAUUUAAAUUAGAUUCUGAUUUUAUAGCAGCUUCUCAAAGUUCAGUUUAUGCUACAGGUUUAGCAACUGAACUAUUUAUUCAAUAUUUUGUUGAACAAGCAAGUUUAUUAGCUAAAAUGGAUAAAAGAAAGAAAAUUCAAUAUAAAGAUUUUGCUGCUGCAGUAUCAAGUCAUGAUGCUUUAAUGUUUUUAAGUGAAACAGUUCCAAAAACAUAUACAUUAUCUGAAUUAGUUAAUAAAAAAUUAGUAAAUAUAGAUUCCCCUAAUGAAAUUUCUGAUAUAUCUAAUGGGUUUGGAUCAAAUACAGAAACUGUUACUGAACAACCAAUAAAAAAUAAGAAACUGCCACCAGUACUUGCUAAAGGUCAACAAACAUUAAGAUUCUCAACUCCUAAGGAAUCAGAAGUACCGCCAAUAAGAAAAGCAGUAAUUCAUGAUCUUGUAGGUCAAGAAGAGGAUAAUGAUGUAGUUAUGUUAAAUUAGGUAAAUUAAUCUAUUUCUAUAU